UUGAAGCGUAAUUGAGCUGUUGUGUGUUUGUGUCUCUGUAUUCAUGCAGUAAAAUGGCAGAAGCCAGAAUUUCUCGGGAUGAGUUCAUGUGUCCAGUGUGUCUGGAUCUCCUGAAGGAUCCAGUGACCAUUCCCUGUGGACACAGUUACUGUAAGAGCUGUAUUACAGGCUGCUGGGAUCAGGAGGAUCAGAUGAGAGUCUACAGCUGCCCUCAGUGCAGACAGACCUUCAGUCCAAGACCUGAUUUAGCUAGAAACACCAUGCUGGCUGAAGUGGUGGAGAAACUGAAGAAGACCAAACUUCCUGCUGACUGUUACGCUGGAGCUGGAGAUGUGCAGUGUGACGUCUGUACUGGAACAAAAUACAAAGCCGUCAAGUCCUGUCUGGUGUGUCUGAACUCUUACUGUCAGAAUUACCUUGAGCAACAUGAGAGUUUCUUUAAAGGAAAGGGACACAAUCUGACUCAUGCCAUUGGACGACUGCAGGAGAAGUUCUGCCAGAAACAUGAGAAGAUCCUUGAGAUUUUCUGUCGCACUGACCGGAAAUUUAUCUGUGUGCUGUGUCCAAUGGAUGAACAUAAACACCACUACAUUGUAGGAGCUGCAGUAGAGAGGACAGAAAAACAGAAUCUGCUGAAGGAGAUGCAUAAGAUAAUCCAGCAGAGAAUCCAGCAGAGAGAGAAAGAUCUUCAGCAGCUGAGAGAGGCUGUGGAGUCUCAUAAGCGCUCUGCACAGACAGCAGUGGAGGACAGUGAGAGGAUCUUUACUGAGCUCAUCCGCUCCAUUGAGAGAAGCCGCUCUGAGCUGAUACGACUGAUCAGAGAUCAGGAAAAGCGAGCGGUGAGUCGAGAUGAAGGACGACUGGAGCGACUGGAGCAGGAGAUCAGUGAUCUGAGGAGGAGAGACGCUGAGCUGGAGCAGCUUUCACACACACAGGAUCACAUCCAGUUCCUGCAGUGUUUCCAGUCUUUCUCAGUACCUCAAACCAAAAUUUGUCCGUCAGCUGAGAGACAAACUGGAGGAUUUCUGCAAAGAGGAGCUCAAGAAGAUCUCAGACAGAGUCACAUUCACCAACAUUGUUUCCAGGAACAGGAAGGAGUUUCUACAAUGAUAUCUGCUCAUCUGUACUGAGACACUGAUGAUACACUGAACAUGAAGAGUUCAGCUACAUGAAAAGAUCAAACAGAUUCAUAAUUCCUGAUUCUGAUGUGUUUUAUCUCCAUCAGAUUCCCAUCAGCUCACUCUGGAUCUGAACACAGUGAAUAAACGCCUUCAACUGUCUGAGAGAAACAGAAUGAUU